CGGAUAUCGAAACGAUUCUUGCCCAGUUUUUUACAAACAAGCAUCCUGUAUUGUAGUGAAAUUAGAAACACAGUUCUUCAUACGGCGGUAGCAGCUGCAGCUUUCAGGCACAAAUGCACCAACUGGAAUUAUUGGGUGCGACGGCGGAACGGCUGUAAAGUGGGCAGACAGCAAGGCAGCAAACAGAAGUCAUGUCGCAGAAGAUCGGAAGGACCGCGCUCGCCUACGCCAGAACCUGGCAUCAUGUUGACGCUACAAACCGUGUUCUCGGACGUCUCGCUACCAGCAUCGCAAUAACCCUUAUGGGCAAGCACAAGCCGAUUUUCGACCAAUCAGCAGAUUGUGGUGAUUACGUCGUCGUCACCAACGCUGAUCAGUUUAUCGUUACUGGGCGCAAGAAGGAGCUCAAGGUUUACCGUCACCAUACUACACGACCCGGAUCCCUUCACGAAAUCACUAUGCAGAGGCUGAUGGAGAGGAAAGGAGGUGCAGAAAUUAUCAAGAAAGCUGUCAGUCGUAUGCUACCAAAGAACAGACUGAGAGAACCGCGGUUGGCCAGACUGAAGUGUUUUGAGGGCGAAAAGCAUCCCUAUAAGGACAACAUUCUGCAACUGAAUUCACUACCAAGUGGUCCGGUGUCGGAGGCAAUUGCAAAAGCAAAGGAGGAGAAGGAAGCACAGUCAUGAUAAAGAGGGACAGAUGGACGAGGGGCAGGAUUCUGGCGAGAUGAAAUGCCGUGGCAUUACAAGUAAAGUAUCUUGUGGGGAAUCUAUUUGCAUAACUCACCUCCGUUCAGAAGCUCUAAGAUUUUCCAAAACCCGCUUCAAGCUCAUGCUCUUGUUUCUUUCCAAGGAGCUCAAGCUAAUUGUAGAGCUGUUUGCCAGUUGCUUCUCCAACAUGGUUAUCGCAUUCUGUGGCUUCAACCGUGAAUAAGACUUCAUUCUCGUUGUUGUGUUGAGGUAUUCU